UUUGGGUUUCUACCAAAUGAACACAGAGAUGUGAGCUGAGGGAUUAUAUGAGGGAAGGAGGGAGGCAUGGGCGUCUCCAUCUUCUCUAAAGUCUGCUCCUGGUCUGGCUCUCCUAGCAGGACCAGCCAACCAUGGAGAGGCGAAACCACACAAGCGCCUCUGCGUUCAUCUUCCUAGGGCUCUCAAGCCAGCUCGAGAGGCAGGAGCUGAUCUUCGGGCUCUUCCUUGUCAUGUACCUGGUCGGGGCCGCAGGGAACUUGCUCAUCAUCCUGGCCAUUGGCUCAGACUCCCACCUCCACACGCCCAAGGACUUCUUCCUCAGCGACCUCUCCCUGGUAGUUUUCUGCUUCAUCUCCGCCACAGUCCCCAAGAUGCUGGUGAACAUCCAGACACAGACUCAGUCCAUUUCCUAUGGCUGCUGCCUAGCCCAGAUCUACUUCUGCAUUUUGCUUGUCAACAUGGACAGCUUCCACCUGAUGGCCAUGGCUUAUGACCUCUACACAGCGACCUGCCAGCCCUUGCACUACUCCACGGUGAUGAGUAUGCCAGUCUGUGCCCUGAUGCUGGGGAGCUCCUGGCCCCUCGCCAACUUCCACUCCCUGCUACACACCCUCCUCAUGGCCCGGCUGGAGUUCUGUGCCAGCAACGUCAUCCCUUACUCCUUGUGUGACCUUGCUCCCCUGAUCCAGCUCUCCUGCCCCAACACCCAACUCAACCAACUCAUGAUUCUGCUGGAAGGGGACCUGGCGGUCCUCAUCCCCUUCCUUGGCAUUCUCGUCUCCUACAUCCACACUGUGUCUGCUGUGCUACAGGUGCCAUCUGCCCGGGGCAAACCAAAGGCCUUUUCCACCUGUGGCUCCCACCUUGCUGUGGUCAUUCUCUUCUAUGGGACCAUCACAGGGGUCUACCUGAGUCCCUCAUCCUCCCACGCAGCUGACAAGGAUUCUCUGGCUUCAGUAAUGUAGAUGGUGGUCACCCCCAUGCUGAAUCCCUUUAUCUACUGCCUGAGGAACAAGGACAUGAAGGGAGCUCUAAGGAAACUGGUCAACCUGAAGGCUUUAUCCCAUGGGCUGUGA